AAAUCUUUUGCCGAGCUUUCCGUUCUUUUCGACGUUUGCUGCUCACCAUAGCAAACCAAAGCCUCAAUUCACAGCCGACAAAACAAAAACAGUCGAUUCGUAUAAAAAAAAAAAAAAAAAAAUGGGAUCCAACGACAUCGCACCGCCGCACGUGCCCAAGCACGUCGUCCCGGUCUGCAACCUGCUCCUCCAGGCGGGCGGGUCGUGCUGGACGGCGGCGUACGCGCUGUACCUGGUGGAGUCGCGGCGGUCCAAGUCGUACGGCAUGCCCAUGUUCGCGCUGGCGCUCAACUUUGCCUGGGAGCUGGUGUACGCGCUGCAGGUGGCCGAGUCGCGGCUGGAGCGCACCGUCUUUGCCGUCUGGGGCGCCAUCGACGUCGGGCUCGUCUACGGCGUCGUGCGCUUCGGCGACCGCGAGUGGGGCCGCCAGUCCCCCCGGGUCGCCCGCCACCUCGGCGCCGUCUUCGCCGCCAUGCUGGCCGUCGCCCUCUGGCUGCAGUGGAGCUUUGCCAACUGGUGGAUCGCCAACGACGUCGGCAGGCGCGAGGGCAAGUACUACCGCGGCGUCGUCGGCCCCGACACCACCGAGCUGGGAUUUUGGACCGCCGCCUUUUGUCAGGCUUACUUGUCCGCCGCCAGUUUGGCGCAGCUUGUGAUUAGAGGGCAUUCUGGGGGUGUCAACUGGUGGAUCUGGGCAUCCAGGCUCACCGGCUCCAUCGUGGGGCUUUGGGCCAACUACAGCUGGGCCUGGUACUGGUGGCCCGAGGCGCACCCCUAUGUCGUUUCUGAACCCUCCAUCUUCUUCUUCGGCGUAUCCAUGCUCAGCGACCUCAUCUACGCCCCCGUCUUGUGGAGGACCCGCGCCACGGAAAAGACCCUAGCAGACGGCAGCAAGAUUGCAGGGGACGCACAACCCGACGGCAGCUCAGUCAGGACGAAAAAGACGCUUUAAUGCGCCCUUUGAUCCAUGCAAACAAAAAAGGAGCCACGACUAGUGCCACUGGUGUCAAGGUAAUUAGUUGAAUUGGGAGAGGAACACGUGAAGAAAUAACAUUAAUAUCAGCGCUAGCGAGGCCACGAGACCCGCCCGUUGAGCAGCCUCUUGGGUAUAUAUAUAUCGUCCAAAAAUCCAAAAAUCCAAAAACUCAUACAUAUGAAACAGAAAACGAAUCUCGCCUGUGUAUCUGCCCUCCCUGGAGCACAUACUUUUGCGUCUCUUGCGUCGUGUCCAACCUGCUCUGCUGGGUUGGUUGUGUGCCGUUCGAGUAUCCCUUGCGGGUGGACCUGAUCUUGUCGCGGACCAGGACGCGAAGGGCCGGGAUGGAUGCUGCUAUGAUGCUGAGCCCGAUCUCGAGGUACGAAUAGAUGAGGAGUUCGGAGGCGGCGACUGUUGAGAGAGAGAUGCCAAGUCAGCUUGGUGUUGUCUACAAGGGCUAUCAAGUGGGAGGGUAAGAGAGCACAAACACUUACAGGUAAAAUCACCAGCAGCCAAACCGGGUAUGUAUGCUGCCUUGACGCAGGCGGCCACUCCAGCACUGUCACUAGUCGUCAGCCCGCUGCUAUCUCAAACGCAAAAAAGGAGACAAAAAGAAAAAAUAGGCCGCAACAUUGACUUACAACACACCCA